AUGGGAGGAUUGGCAACCUCAAGAUUAGUCACUUCAUUAUUCGUAAGCAGGUCUCUCCUCGAUGAUAUAUUGCUCUACCCAGCACAAUUUGUCCCCUGCCACCAAAACACGAAGUGGACAAGAGAUCACCUCUUGUACAAGACGCCUCGGACGCGUUACUCAGAUAUAUGUUAUCUUCAAUAUAACGUUAUCGGCUCAACAAUAAGACCUCGAGGGGAACGCACCUCAAGGGAGGACGGAAUGCGGCCGUUGAAGGCAGGUAAAGAUUGCUGCUCGUCUUUUUUGUUCCGGCCUGGUUCUAGGUACGGCCUCCCAGCGGCUUCUAGCGGCGUACUCUCUCUAAUCUGUCUUUUGUGGUUACUUCUCAAUGGGAUAAUGCUAUUUGUAACAAUUAGAGCCAUUGUGGACGGUCCCGAGGUGUCAAAGGCCAUCAUUUAUCCUAAAAGAAAUAAGAUGUGGGAAGGCUAUCUCAACAACGAGAAUGCUUUGCAUUUGGCCCCAGUCGUAAAAGAUACGGCGUCCUCCAGGGGCGACCCAGAUACCCUUUUAUAUCUGGAUAUGCUUCGGAAACUCUGGCGCUACAAAGCGAGUGAUAUGUGGAACAGUGAUACAUCCGACUAG